CGCCUCCUGCGCUCCCGCCCUCCGGCUUUGCUCGGCUGAGUCAGUCAGUCAGCCGGAGUCUGUCCUCGAAGCGGGAGGAGUGAAGGGACUUCGGAGAGCUCGCUGCCCGAUAAUUUUAUUUCCCCUCCCUCUCUCCCGCCCCACAUCUCUCUUUACCCCUUUCCCGUCCUUCCUCGUGCAGCCAUGGCGGAGCUGUCGGCGGCCACUCAGUCCCCGUCGGUCUCCUCGUCGUCCUCCGGGGCCGAGCCCUCGGCGCCUAGCAGCGGCGGGAGCCCGGGAGCCUGCCCCGCCCUGGGGGCGAAGAGCUGCGGGUCCUCCUAUGCGGUGCAUGAUCUGAUUUUCUGGCGAGACGUGAAGAAGACUGGUUUUGUCUUUGGCACAACGCUGAUCAUGCUGCUUUCCCUGGCAGCCUUCAGUGUCAUUAGUGUGGUGUCUUACCUCAUCCUGGCUCUUCUUUCUGUCACCAUCAGCUUCAGGGUCUACAAGUCUGUCAUCCAAGCUGUACAGAAGUCAGAUGAAGGUCAUCCAUUCAAAGCCUACUUGGAUAUAGACAUUACUCUGUCCUCAGAAGCUUUCCAUAAUUACGUGAAUGCUGCUAUGGUACACAUCAACAGGGCCCUGAAACUCAUUAUUCGCCUCUUUCUGGUGGAAGAUCUGGUUGAUUCCUUGAAGCUGGCUGUCUUCAUGUGGCUGAUGACCUAUGUCGGUGCGGUUUUCAAUGGAAUCACCCUUCUGAUCCUCGCCGAACUGCUCAUUUUCAGCGUUCCAGUUGUCUAUGAGAAGUACAAGACCCAGAUUGAUCACUAUGUGGGCAUCGCCCAGGAGCAGACCAAGGCAGUUGUUGAAAAGAUCCAAGCAAAACUCCCUGGAAUCGCCAAAAAAAAGGCAGAAUAAGCCCAUGGAAAUGAAAAAUGCAACAGUUACUAAAACAUCAUUUAAUAGUUGUAACGUUGUUACUAUGAAGGAACAUGCUCCUUGUCCGCUGCAGCCUGCAUUCCAAGCUUUUUGUUUUUAAUUUGGUGUUCCCCCCCCCUUUCCCUUUACCCUCAGUAUCAAGCAAAGAAUUGUUGAACAAAAAGGAAGAGAGAAAAAAAGGACAUCUUAGAACCCAAAAGAAUAAAGAAAGAAUCAAAUUAAUAGAAUAAAUCAAUGCCUCUAAUGGGGGUGGAGCUUUUGCUUGUAGCUUGAAAGGGAAAAGAUUGAAUGAAGGUAAGGGGGGAGAUGGAAGAUAAAACAUAUCUCUUAAGUUCUUCUAUCCAAUUUCCAGGUAUUAAUUUUACACAAGUUUCCCAUCACAGUUAUACCCUUAUUUUAAAGUUAAGAUAUAACGAUUAACUUACGUAGAAAUUAUUUGAGGACAGGAGUGGGAUUCUUUCCUACAGGUUUUUUGAGCCUUCUGGUCCCAUCUUCCUGCCCCAUGAUGUGAGCAGCUAUUCCUAAUAUUCCUCUUCUUUGCUUAAUUAUAUAACUUUCAACUCAAUAAGAGCGUAUAGGCAAUAGUGAUCAGUCCUGGUUCCCAGAAAGCCUUAUGAUUAAAAUUGAAAACAGAAAGUGGGACUGGAACGGGAGUUAAAAAGGAGCACUGCUGUGAAGGCCACUCCUUCUCCCAUUUAUCCCUAGGAAAUAAAAAGCUCCGCCAUUUGGGAAAGUGGUGUCUGCUUCAUUUCUUUUGGACACCAUUUCUGAGCUUUAGUUUGAGAACUCAUUCCUGAGAUGUGCUUUCUUCCCUCUUCCCUAUCCACCUCAAGUUUAAUAAAUAUGAUUGUACUUCUUAUUAUGAAAUAAAUGUCUGUAACUGCUGUACACUGCUGUAAACUUGUUAUAGAAAAAAACAGUCUGCAUGUGGGCUCCUCAGUCAUUGAGUUAUUGUAAUCCUGUAUCAGUCCAUGGGGGGGGGGGGAAACAGUCUUAAGAAGUUAACUGCAGAAACACAAAAAUGUUGUGUGUUGUUUUUUUUUUUCAUCUUUUCCCUACAGUUUCCUUCUUCUCAUGCUACAUCUUUAAAACUGUGCUCAUCUUUUUACCCUAAGGACCAAAGCCGAUCUGGCUUGAGAGAUGUUAUGUUUGUGGUUAAGAGAUCACAAUUAGUGUAGGGAAGUGCAUUUUGUGGUUCAUAGGGAGUUUUAACUGCUUUGAGACUAGCUUAUGGGUAUGUGUUAUGGUUUCAAGGUUCUUCUCAUUUUCAAACACAUGAAAUGCCUUUGCCAUGGCUCUGGGUGCCCCUUUUGCGAGUUUCUCAAGAAAUCUUAGGUAAGGGUGAUCGGUGACCAGACAGGGCCAGAUUGUAUUGAUGAGCUCUGUGUACAAUUAAAAGACAACAGAACAAUUUGUUGACAUCAGGUGAAGGGCGAUUGGGAAUUUUUGAUUCCUGUUUGAGACUGUUACGUGUCUUCCUCCCCUUCCACAGGAAUAUUCAGUAAACUUGGAAAAGUCACCCUGAAUUUCCUUCAGGUUAUAACUGAAAGUCAUAAUCCAGAGAGAAUAUGCAUUGGUGACUUCAAAGUAAGGGCUACAAUAUUUGACAGUCCCAAAACGCUGCAACUCUGUAGAAGGUCCCUGUGGAAGGAAAUUCUCUUUCACUUUUUUUGGCAGAUUACUUAGGAAUUUAAAUAGGUAACGAGUACCUUUGCCUUAUUCCAUUUUCUUAGUCCACUUUUGAGUUUUUCAACUGAUUUCAUGUCAUGGUAGGAAAUACAUUCUCCAUCUUCAUCCUUUGCCCUCCCAGGAAGUCAAUGUACUGAUUGUAUUUUUGGGCUUCUCCUCCAAAGGACUUCCUGCUGCACUGGAAGCCUCUGCACCUAGCUCUUUUGUUUUGCUACUGCUGUGUUUAGAAAUUGGACAGAUAAUUGUGCCAUGCAGGAUUUUUUGAAACCUAUAGAUGAAAAAUUACUAAUGAAACUGUGCGUGUAUGUGCGUGCAACGUAAAAACCCAGUAGCACCUAAGGAGCUUAAAUUUCAGUUCCUGUAAAACUUCAAAUUGAUAUGGUAUUAAUAAAAAAGAAAAAAAUACACAAGGA